AAACACACAGUUCUUCACAAUAUAAUAUCCUCCUGAAAAGUGCCUCAUAAUUUAAAACGAAAUGAAUUACAUUGCAUGUGUGAUACUGUUAGGACUAAUCAUCUUAUCUCAGGAGUUUUCACCAGAACAACAUAAGACAAUAGAUGAUAUCAUUGGAAAAUGCGCUGCUGAAUCGGAUAUGCCAAUAGACAGUGACCUCAUAUUACUAUAUAAAUACAACGGAACCCUUUUUCCCGACGAUGAAAACUCGAAGAAAUUUGUCACUUGUGGUCUAGUUUUUAUCGAUGCGUUGAAAGAUGAUAAGAUUCAGCGUCAACAAUACAUCGACUUCUUCAGCGAGAAUAACGACGUUCAGGCCCUAACAGAGGCCACAGAGAAAUGUGCCGAUGUGGAUGGAGAUACCACCAUAGAGAUCGGAUACAACUUCUUCAAAUGUUUCUGGAAUGAGAAAGGCUUUGAGUUUUGAAGGUGGAUAAAAUAUCUUAAGCAAUGAACAUUUAAAAAAACUUAUACGAGAAGGAAAAUUUUAUAGUUUUUAUUCAAAAUAAUGAACAUUACAAGCUGCAUAUUUUUUCAAUCUUUCUUUGGA